GGGUGUGGUCAAACUACAAAAUCCCGCCAUAUUUGUUAUUACCUCGUGUGUGCUCGUAUAGAUCAGUAGAAGUUACUAAAGAAGGGACUGGCUCUGUAACUAAUUCUAAAGUAGAUCAUGCCGGCUAAGAAGAAAGCUAAGGUGGAGGAGGAGGAGGAACAGGAAGAGAUUGAAGAAGAAGAGGAGGAGAUUGACUCACCUCCUGAUGAUGAUGAUGAUGAUGAGUAUGAUCCAAACAAUGACGAGGAGCAAGAGCUGAUAAUGGCAGGAAAAGGGAGGAAGAGAAAGAGAGGGAGACAAUCUUCUAGUGAAGAAGAUGAUGAUGAUGAAUAUAAACCAUCAAGGAAACCAAAGGUCCAGGCCAGAAAACAAAGAAAAAGAAGUGGUGAUUAUGAUUCUCCAGUGAAGAAGAGAAAGCCUCCUCCUCCUCCGGCUAAGAAGACUCCAGGGAGAGGUAGGAAGCCAAAGAAGGUAUCACUGGAAGAAGAGACUGGGUCACCCCCUCCCUCUCCUCCUAAUGUGUCUCCGCCUACUGCCACGCCCAUUUUAUCGAAGAGCGUCACUGACUACAGUUCCAUUGAUCUUUCAUCAGAUGCUAAGAAUAAAGAUGGGAGCCCGUGGACUCAUAAGUUUUCUUCAUGGAAUGUUAAUGGUGUGAGGGCGUGGCUUAAAGCCAGUGGUAUUGAAUAUGUUAAUCAAGAGUGUCCUGAUGUGUUCUGUAUCCAGGAAACUAAAUGUUCGGAAAAAGACUUACCAAAAUCCGAGCUGGAAGUACCUGGUUACCAUAGUUACUGGAAUAGUGCAGAACAGAAAGGAUACAGCGGCACUGGUUUAUACAGCAAAGAGGAGCCAAUUAAUGUAACGUAUGGAAUAGGUAUUCCUAAGCAUGAUAAUGAGGGGCGUGUCAUCACUGCCGAAUUCGAAAAGUUUUAUUUUGUGACUGCGUACAUACCAAACGCUGGAGAUAAAUUGAAAAGACUAUCGUACAGAGUGGGUGAAUGGGACCCGGACUUUAAGAAAUACCUCAAGUCACUGGAUGAGAAUAAACCAGUUGUACUCUGUGGGGACCUCAACGUGGCACAUAAGGAAAUUGAUAUUGCUAAUCCUAAAACCAAUCAAAGGUCUGCUGGUUUCACUAAGGAGGAGAGAGAGAGUUUCAGCUCAUUACUAGAAGAUAACAAGUUGAUUGACUCAUUCAGAGAUCUUUAUCCGGAUAAGAAAGAAGCAUAUUCUUACUGGUCAUACAGGUCUAAUGCCAGGAAGAAUAAUAAAGGAUGGAGACUGGACUAUUUCCUGGUAUCUGAAAGACUCAAGGCAGCAGUCUGUGACAGUAUAAUAAGAUCUCAGGUCUAUGGCAGUGACCACUGCCCCAUUGUACUACUGGUAGCAUUAUAACUGAGGAAUAACCUCUCACUGUACAUGUACAUACACAGUUUGACUAGCAAAACUUAUUCUUUUAUGUGAAACCCAUUAUUAUUAUUAUUAUUAUUAUUAUUAUUAUUAUUAUUAUUAUUAUUUCCUAGUCCCUUUAUAUUAUUUCCUAUUAGCAAUCAUCCUCCUUAUACCUUUUAUUGUUUAUCAAUUCUUUUGAUACUUUACAACCCACUUUGAGCCAAA